AUGAGCUUCCAGGCACUUCCCACACUCCAGCACCUGACAAUCCAGUUGUUGCUGAAUAAUGAAGACUUGGCUGUCUCUGCUCUGGAGGACCUCCCCUCAGUGCUUUUCCCACCACUGUUCAAGGAGGCCUUCACUAAAAGACGACGUAAGCUUGUGAAGCACCUGGUAUUAACUUGGCCCUACCCCAAACUCUAUAUUGGCCCUCUGAAGUACAACUUCGAUGUGUAUAGCUGCAAGACUGUUUACGAUGGAAUAGAUUGGCUUCGUAACCAGAAGGUUUGGCCUGGGAGGUGUAGACUGAAAGAGCUCUAUUUGCUGGAUGCCACCCAUGACUUCCUGAUAAUAAUGAAUCCAGGACAGGAUCAUCUCUGCACACCACAGCCCCAAGGAGAGGAGGAAGAUCCCACAACAGUGCUGAGGCAACCAGUAACUGUUUAUGCUGACUCUGCCUUCAUGGCGGAUCAUCUCAAAGGCUGCCGUGAUAUCUUGGAGGAGAUUUUCAAUGACAGAUUUACUACAAUGAGCUUGAAUUUUAAGGAGAUGGAUCCGCAAAAGGCAGCUCAGAUACAAGGUGUUAGAUCCCUUGGGAUAUACUGGAAUCUGUAG